AGGAAGGAUGUAAAGUGGAAUCGCACAGACACAGCUCACUGCACAGCCGUGUACUUUCACACACAUGCGUGCCAAGUACGGCUACAGGAGCAACACCUCAGAGCAGAGGCCGUCUGACAUGGCAGACUCACAUGGACUCAUGACUGUGCUUCUGAUUUUCUUGGAGAAAUUGUUAUUGACAGACUCAAAAGUUAUACCGGAUACCAACGUCACCUGUCUCAUCCAAGACGACUGCAUCCUGCCCUGCAGCUUCCAACCCACCAGCACCGUGGUGAUCCAUUGGUACAAGCAGCAAAUCCCCGUGCACAGCUACUACUACAACAAGGACCAGUUUGGACUCCAGAACAAACACUUCAGCGGAAGGACCUGCUUGUUCAACUCGCACAUCCCUCAUGGCAAUGCCUCCCUGCUGCUCAGGAGGGUCAAAGUUCAAGACAGGGGCAGGUACAAAUGUUACACGAGCACACGGAAGGGAAACCAGGAGAUCUUUAUCAACCUGGAGGUCAAAGCCCUCAUCCAGUCGGUGAUGAUGGAGAUGACUGAUGAGGUGGUCACCUGCUCCUCUCAUAACAUAUACCCCGUGCCUCAGGUGACGUGGGCCACGGACCCCGCUUCUGCCCAGGGAGCUCUGGGAAAUUCAACCAUUAAAACCACUGACCACAAGGGCCUGUUCACAGUGGAGAGCAGCCUGAGGAUUCUGGGUAAUCACUCCAACCACACCUACUUCUGCACGUUCACAUCGGCGGACAAGACCCAGGUGUGGACUGCGUCUCGGAAAAACCAAGAGGACAUGACACAGGAAGAAGGUCAUGCACUGUCCAUCCCAUGCGUGGCUCCACACACUCUCCAGAAUUUCUCCCUCACCUGGACCUUCGCCGUGUUCACCGAGCCCGCCGUUAUCUUGAGAUAUGACGGCAGAACCAGAAACACCGUGAACCAGUGGGAGGGCCAAGCUGACCUGGACCAGGACCUGCUUCUGCUGGGGGACGGAUCUCUUCUGCUGCACAAGCCAGACAGCGAGGAACACUCCGGGACUUACACCUGCACCUUCUCCGGCCUGCAGAGCAGACACGUGGUUCAGACCAGAGUAAACAUCACUGUCGCUCCAAUAAGUGAGUAUUAA